AUGGGGAACGCUGCUUCUAGUUCUUGUAUCUCUAGCGGUGUAAGUAUUGGGAACAUUUUGAAGAGAAGAAAAAGUACGAAAACAGCGACUCUGUUGGAGAGUGAUGGGAACACUCGGGAGAUCAAGUUGCCGGUGAAAUCGGGGGAGCUAAUGAUACAAGAAUUCGGCCACGUCAUCACUCCGUUGGACCAACUCCGUAGAACGGGACGGGUUUCCGCUUUAGUUGCCGAAGAGGAGCUUGUAGCGGGAAAGGUUUACCUGCUGUUGCCGGUUAGUAGGGUCCAUUCCAAGGCUUCCAAGUUUGAGAUGGCCAUUGCGGAGACACGGAGUAGCCACGGAAAGAGAACAAAACGAAGCAACAUGGCCAAGGUUUCUCCCUCACUCAUUCCGAGGUCAACUGAAAGGGACGUAGAAAACGAGGUUUCUCUUUUCCCAGUGUGUCCGAGGUUGGGGAAUCAAGUACGAUGGAGUCCCGUUUUGGAUACUAUCUUCGAAUAA